AUGGAGGGACCCCAGGAGCUUCUGAGUGGGAAGCUCCAGCUCUGCUUCACCCCGGCUGCCCGGACCAGCCUCCUACUGCUCAGGCUCAACGACGCAGCGCUGCGAGCGCUGCAAGAGUGUCAUCAGCAACAGGUUCGGCCAGUGAUUGCUUUCCAAGGCAACCGAGGGUACCUGAGGCUCCCAGGUCCCCACUGGUCCUGCCUCUUUUCCUUCAUAGUGUCUCAGUGUGGCCAGGAGGGCCCUGGUGGUCCAGGCUUGGACCUUGUGUGCCAGCGCCUAGGCAGGUCUGGUCCUAACCGCCUCCACUGCCUGGGUCCACUCAGGGGGCGCCUCACGAUUUGGGCAGCUAUGGAUUCUAUCCCAGCUCCAUCUGCAGUUCAGAGACACAACCGGACUGAAGAUGCCAGGGAUCGUAAGAGCUGGCAGAAUGUGGGAGACUAUCCUGAAGGAAACACAAUUUCACAGUCACAGAUGGCACUAGAAGAGGUGCCAGACCCACUGGCAAGCAGCCAAGGACAGUCACUCCCAGGAUCCUCAAGGGAACACGUGGCACAGUGGGAAGUGAGGAACCAGACCCUUCUUCCAAACAGAGAUCCUGAUCAGGCACUGCCUCCCUCUGCCAGCCAGAAACAUGUGGACAAGAAACGUUCAGCGCCUGCAGCUACGGUAGAAUUAAAACAAAAGAGGCUCAGAACUCUAGCUCCAAGUCCCCUACAAGGACUGCCCAGUCAGGACUUACAGGAGGAAGAUUGGGAGCAAGAAGAUAAAGAUGAAGACAUGGGUCCCAGGCUGGAACACAGUCCCUCAGUUCAAGCAGAUUCUGAAUCCCCAAGCCCUGAAGAAGUACCAGAUUACCUCCUGCAAUACAGGGCCAUCCACAGUGCAGAACAGCAACAUGCCUAUGAGCAGGACUUUGAGACAGAUUAUGCCGAAUAUCGCAUCCUGCAUGCUCGUGUUGGGGCUGCAAGCCAAAGGUUCAUAGAGCUGGCAGCUGAGAUGAACAAUGUUCAGCGAGGAACUCCAGAACACAAGGUGCUGGAAGAAAAGAUAGUCCAGGAAUAUAAAAAGUUCAGGAAGCGGUACCCAGGUUACAGGGAAGAGAAGCGCCGCUGUGAGUACUUGCAUCAGAAACUGUCCCACAUCAAAGGUCUCAUCUUGGAGUUUGAGGAAAAGAACAGGGGCAGCUGA